UAAGUCAAAGUGUACCUUGUGGUCGUGAGACUGUGAACCUGGUGCUUCUGCACUGACAGCUUGUAUAUUUUGCCUGGUCCUGCUUGGUGAGGUAAAAAAAAAAAAAAAAAAGGUUAGAUUUUCUACACCUCUGUUUCUCUAUUUAAAUUGUGUAAAACAAGCACAUUUUAAACUGUUAAAACUCGGCCAUAUUUUACUCACCUGUUUUAUAUCAUUUGUAUUUUUUUCUGUGUGUCAUUGUGUGGUGUAAAUGUCUUGAACUUUUUUAAUUUAAAUAAUUAAUAUCUAAUUUAAUUAGUAAAUAAUUAGUAAGCAUGCACAAAUCACACUUUGUAUUUGUUUGAUUCCUUAUGUUGAGUUAUGCUGGACUAAUUCCUGACAGUGUCUGCAGAACACUCCACCAAGGUCCAACUGUCCAACUGUCACUGUGAUCCACUGAUCUAAGCAAAGACACAAAUACCACUGCAAAUUCUAAUACUACAAAUUAUUGCAAUCAUAUUGCCUGCUGACUGUGGGUUAGUGGUAGUGAUGGGCAAAGCGAGGCUUUGUGGAACACUGAAUCAUUUGAAGCAUUUAAGCAGGAUUUGUAUUGAGGAUUAAAGAUAAUCUGACACCCAUCUCCACAGUGACACACCUUCACCCACUCUUUUGCUAAUCAUCACAUUUUGGUAAAAGCUAUCUGUGGCACAGACAAGCACUGCGCACACACACACACACAACGGUGCAUACUCAUUAUUACCACAUGUUUGGGUGGAUGGAUUUUUUUCCAUUCUGUUCCAUUCAUUCACAGUAGCAAUACUCCGGCACAUGGGAGUCAGAGCUGAAAAUUUGUGCCUGUUUAAGUUUUCUCCUUGAAAGCAGAGGCAGUUUCUCUUGAGAUAAUUUAAUACAUUUUCAGCACAAUGCAUUACUCUCUCUUUCUGUGCUUGUGGAAGUCAUUGGAGUCAGCGGGGGAGCUGGUCCUAGGUAGGGACUACUUGCAUGUCCCCACCCCAGGGAAAAGGGUAACAUCUCCUGGGUCUAGGAGCCGAUUGUCCCUCUGGGGGCGAGGGUACCUGGACCUGGGGUAUAGAGUAUGUUUGGGGAGUAGAGUGUGUGUAAGGUGUCCAUUUCUGUUUGUCUCCACAUUGGGUGAGUGCUGAGUAUUUGCGUAUGUGUUCAUUAGGGUGGGAAUGCAUGUUUGUGUCUGUGUGUGCCUGUUUGUCUGUGUCUAUAUCUAUGUCUAAAUCCUGUGGUAAAUCAUGUUGCUUCAUUUUUUUUAUUUUUAUUUUUUUGUGGAAAUCAGGUCCUGUUUGAUUAUGGAAUGAUAUGAGGCCUGAGUGAGGCAGGAAGAUAUUUUACUCAGAAUUAUGGAAGUUGAGUCAUACUUAGAGCUGUCAGCAAAUGACCACCAGAUAUUAGAGCAAGAAGAUGAAAGUUCAGGCAAAGGACAAAGCAGGUUUUGAGGAGCCUGAGAAGUCCAUUAUGGAUAAAAGGAAUUAUGUAAGCUAGCGCUCUGAAGUUAUGGGAUUUGGUUUGUAAAGCUCAUACAGGACACCGGCCUGUGAAGGGAAUCUUUCCAUGGCAGCUUUGUUGAAAUCUAUUUAAGAGAGCUCUCACUUUCCAGAGGGCUUUAUUAUUUCCCCCCUUAUCAGAGACAUCAAGGUCAUUUGUUACUUUGACAGGCUGCCAAAUGCUGAAGAAUCUGUCUCAACUUAUUGACCUGCUACAACCAGGAACCAUUAAAUUUUAAUCUACUGAUGAAUGUUUCAGUUCUACAAUGUUUUCAGUUUUAAUGUUGCUUUCAGAAAUGAGCAUCUCCCUCUUGUUUGUGUGCUCAUUAGUUUUUUUUCUAAAACCUUGUUGCUUGUUUUAUGUUUGAGAUCAGAGGUCCACUUAUUUGGUGGCUGUGGGCUGCAUUUCCUGUUUUCAUGUUUUAUAAAAUGAAUAAAUAAAUAAAUAAAAUUUCAGGCCAUUUGAAGAGUGGCAUUAAUGCUACUUUCCCCUCAGAAAUGAGCACCACCCUCCGGUUUGUGUGCUCUGAUAUUCUUUUUCUAAAACCUGCUUGCCUGUUUUCUGUGUGGUGUAAUCAGACGACUACAUGUUUGGUGGUUGUGGUUGUGGGCAGCGUUGUCCUCUUUUCAUUUUUCAACUAAAACAAAUCAAUAAAAACUCAACCCGAUUUCAGUAUGUUGAAAUUGAAUUCAUAAAGACAGGACAAGCAGAAUUUAACGUACUUUAGCAUAGAUAUUUUGUGUGUGUGUGCAUGUGUGUAAACUCAACUGAAAAUUUGUGUGUUUCUUCUAAAUAUUGUAAUGCCUAAAAAUUUCAGCGCCUAUAAAACAACAACGUGAAGUAUGGACCCUGUGAACAUGUGAGGAAAAGUCCCACUUUUCACUACAACAGAUGCUGAGUAAAUGUUUUGUUUUGGAAGAGGUAAAAUAACUGUACAUUUAUGAGAUCCCACUAAAUGAAAAUUAAGACUCUUUUUGAAAAGAAAGCCCACGUGCUCUGGUACAAAUGUGACCUCAAUAGAAAAAGAAAUGGUGGUUGACGUAGCGUUCUCAGACUCAUGUCUCUGACAGAGAGGAAAAAUGUAUUGCUUGUUAUUAAGAGGAAAUAGGGCGACGUUAAUAAAGUUAUUGAUACUCCAACAACUCGAAUUAAAGUUUCACAUAAUGACAUAAUGUGACAAGAAGUUUUAGCUCUGCAUCUAGUACCAAACCAAGAAAAAAUAAUCUCCAACAGAGUACAAAAAAAACUUCCUGGGAACAUGUUGAAGUGCAAAGAGAGGUAACAAAGGAGGAGGAGGAAGAGAAGAAGAGUCAGUUCAAAGCAGACACGCUGCAGAGAUCAGUGUGUGGACACAAGAGCUGGAGAUUCACACAGAAUGAGGAUAUGAAGAAGUGCUUUAAAUUUUGAUAUUUCAAGAUCCCAGUCAAGGUUAUUGAUUAUAUGUAACUACAGAAAUAAUACAUAUAUCAUUGUAAUAACUUGGAUUUAUUUUAUCAUCCAGUGAACUUUCUGUGUGUUUGUGCUUUGGAAAGAGAGACUGUAUCCUGUGGAGAGAAGCCGUGCUGUCUAAAGUGGCAAAUCAGAAUGUUAACUCUCAUCUGGGUGAUUCUGCUGUUCGCUGAUAAAGGUUUGACUAGGAGCACUCCUCCAGUCUGUACAAAGAGCAAAGACAAUGUCACGUUAAGUCAAAUAAAUAUAACAGCAGAGGCUGGACUAUAUGCAGUGUUACCAUGUUCUUUUACUACAGACGAUGGGUUUGAUGCCAAAAGUAUAACUUUGUACAAACAUGGUAAAACAAUAUUUGACUCCAGUGAUGAUCAAAAAAACAACUCUGAGUUUCAAAGGCGAGUCUCACUACUGGAGUCUGACCUGAAGAUGAAGAACUGCAGCGUCAUCAUUAAUGACCUCACCGAGACAGACUCUGGAUCAUAUCAAGUCAGAGUGUCUGAUAACAAGACGGAGCAUGGCUGCACAUUGAAGUUCACAGUCACCGUUACAGAUCUUCAGGAACUAAAGAUCAGUGGAAGUACAGUUGUGAAGAAGGGUGCUACCCUUAAUCUAACUUGCAAUGCUGACAGUUUCAUUGCAUCUUCUAUCAACUGGAUUAAAUCUGACUCCAACAAAAACUUGAACAGAAAAAAUGAAAAUAAAACCACAAAAGGCAAUGGGUCAGCCUCGCUUACCAUUUUUAAUAUGACACCAGAACUUUCUGGACAGUACAAGUGUAUAGCAACACACAAGAACAAAAACAUUACGAAAACCAUUGAUGUAAAAUUAUUUGCAGCUGGUCCAAGAAUUUUGAAUAGCUCUGGGUGUGAGGUUCAGUCUGAGGUCCUGAGCUGUAUGUGCAUCAGUGAGGAGUUUCCUCCACCCACCAUAAAAUGGCCACAUUUAAAGAGCCACACUGAGUACUCUGUAACAACCAACGUGUCAAACGCCAGAGUCACCAGCACCAUCACUGUGUUUCUAAAACACUAUCACUACACCACUAUUGAGUGUGUCACCAGUAAAGAUAAUGAGCAUAUAAAGAAUGAAGAUGUAUUCAAACAAAGAAAUGAAGAACCAAAAGUUAAGACUGCAGCACUGAGGGGGUUUCUGAUUGGGGUCAUUGUUUUAGCAAUCAUUGGUUUUUUGGUAACACGAUGCUACAGAAAAAAUCAGAGUUCUGAAAACCUGUCUGAAGACCUGGACGUGGUGACCACUGACGCUGUUCCACUGAUGGAUGCUGAUAAAGCAGCAACAAAUAAUAGGAUCCAUGAACCAGGCAAAGUUAAAAGAGAAGCUGAGUCUACUGCAUAAUCAGUGUCCGAUGGUGAUGUGGGACCAAAAGAGGUUGAGUACUCUGACACUGACUUCUCUGUGAUAAAGAGGCAUAGAAGAUACAGGAUACCAGAGAAAUGGAGUAUGCUAAAAUUAAGACAAAGAAGAGAAAAUGAUGGGGUGUCUGCCUUUUUGUUUGAUUAUAGUUUUCUCUUGUUUUUCUUCGUUACCAACUCCUUUUUAGUGUCAAAUAACUCAACGAACUAACGCAUUAAUGUUGUGGUUUGGCCACCCCUAGAUGGGCCAUAACAGGUGGACAGUGCCAGAAGGCUGAUUGGUGUGAUCAGUCCUCAUAUUUCAGUUGCCAGCUGGGACCAGAGAAAGGAAAGCUGCGCUAGGAACAAGUCAGCUGAACAGCUGCACAGUGCAAUUUAAAAAAGUUGCAGAUGAAACGUAACCAGCCCUUUAACAGCCUGUACAUGUGGGUCCUUUGUGUCACAGAUUAUUAUUAUUUUAUUUUGGUUUUGCUUUG